UGCCUUGUAUUUAUGGGUGUGCUGUCAGAUGCAACAACCCAGUCUUGGGUUCCCUCCUUUGCUUUGAGGCCUUUUUCACGAUUAUUUUCCUUUUCAUCCUCUAAACACCAGUACCGAUACCCACCCCCACCCACCCCCAAGUUGAUUAGAGUCUCAUACACAUGGCUUCUUCUUCAUCGUCUUCUUCUGAUGAUUGUAGGCCCAUUUCGAAUGAAGGUCAUGAGAGCCUGCAGGGACUGGGGGGUGAUCUGAGUGCUCUUCAGAAGCACGUUGCUUUCUUUGACCAGAACAAAGACGGGACCGUCUACCCAUGGGAGACUUACAGAGGCUUCCGCGCAAUUGGGUGUGGUAUUUUCUUGUCCGCCGGCAGUGCCUUUUUGAUUAAUCUCGCUCUCAGUCGGAAAACUCGACCGGGAAAAUUCCCUUCUUUACUCCUCCCAAUUGAGAUAAAAAACAUCCAUAUGGCCAAACAUGGAAGUGACUCUGGAGUCUAUGAUGGUGAAGGAAGGUUUGUUCCUUCAAAGUUUGAAGAGAUUUUCUCCAAGCAUGCGGGUGCUAAUUCAAACGCUUUAACAUCUGAUGAACUGCUGGCGAUGCUCAAGUAUAACAGGGUCCCAAAAGACUACAGUGGAUGGCUUGCAAGCUGGACAGAAUGGAAGAUCUUAUACUUCCUUUGCAAGGACAAGAAUGGUCUACUACACAAAGAAACUAUUAGAGCAGUCUACGAUGGAAGCCUGUUUGAAAGGAUGCAGGAGGAUAGAGCUUCAGCUCGGAAGAAAGCUCCUCAUUCUGUCUAAAAAGGGGCAGACUGGUAGCAUCAUCCCUUCUGGUCUCGGGGGUUGCUGGUUGGAUUGCCUGAUUUUAGAAUUGAAUCUGACAUGGUUGUUUUUGUUUGUACAAAUUCAGCAAGUGUUUGAUUGGUGUCUGAAAUAAAAUUUUAGUGGAUGCAAAUUUAUUAUUUA